GGGCAGCGGUGAGGCGACGUGGAGGUCCCCGCAGCCCCCGUCUGCUCCAGGACGCACUGGACCCAGCGGCCGAGCCGAGCCGAGCCGAGCCGAGCCGCGUCUCGCUCCGCCGCGCGCUGCCUCCUCUUCACCGGAGCGUCCACGCGCCGCACGCGUCGUCGCGCGUCACUGUUGCUCCACGGUCGCGUCGUAUGUGGACAUGCUCCCACGGCCGAGCGUCCGCCGUCGAUCAGAGGUUGGGCUCUCAGUCAACAGAGGGUUAGAGCCACCAGCGCGUCCCCCGCCCUCCUCCAGGCCUGCCUUCGUCUGAACAGCAGCGAAGACACACAGAGGUCUCUCGCUGCCAGUGAUAGUGUGCGUGUGUGUGCGUGUGUGUGCGUGUGAGCAAUGGUGUAAGUCAGUGUUCAGAGUUAGGAGGAGGACGGAACCCAAGCAAGUCAGCAAAUCCGAGCCAUUGGCUGUGUGCAUGAGCCGUGUGUGUCAGACGGGCUAACGUGGAGCGGGCGAUGAGGCGCUGAGCUGCUGAGGGGGAGAAUCUGCAGGAGGAGCAGCGAUGGGGCUCGGACAGUCCAGCAAGACUCCAGUGACUGACGACACAGACGAGGUGAAUUUCGACCACUUCCAGAUCUUGAGGGCAAUCGGAAAAGGAAGCUUUGGAAAGGUCUGCAUCGUGCAGAAGAAGGACACCAAGAAGAUGUACGCCAUGAAGUACAUGAACAAGCUGAAGUGUGUGGAGAGGAACGAAGUGAGGAACGUCCUGAAGGAGCUGCAGAUCAUGCAGAACCUGGAGCAUCCGUUCCUGGUCAACUUCUGGUACUCCUUCCAGGACGAGGAGGACAUGUUCAUGGUGGUGGACCUGCUCCUGGGAGGAGACCUGCGCUACCACCUGCAGCAGAACGUGCACUUCUCUGAGAGCACGGUCAAACUCUACAUCAGCGAGGUGGCGCUGGCUCUGGGAUACCUGCGCUCCAAGCACAUCAUUCACAGAGAUAUCAAACCCGACAACAUACUACUGGACGAGCACGGACACGUCCACCUGACAGACUUCAACAUCGCAGCCAUCGUGAAAGACGACCUGAAGGCCACGUCCAUCGCUGGAACCAAGCCAUAUAUGGCGCCGGAGCUCUUUCAGACCUUUGAGUGCUUCCACCCCGGCUACUCCUUCGCCGUGGACUGGUGGUCGCUGGGCAUCACGGCCUACGAGCUGCUGAGAGGUCAGAGGCCAUAUGUGAUGAGAUCCAGCACACCGGCUAAUGAGAUCCUUCAGACUUUCCACAAGGUCCAUCCCAGCUACCCAGCAGCCUGGUCUUUGGAGAUGAAGUCUCUUCUUAGAAAGUUGCUGUGCAUAGAUGCCCAGAAGCGCAUUUCCUGUCUAGCAGAGCUACAGGAUCUGGACUACAUGUCAGAUGUCAACUGGGACGCUGUGCUCAGCAAACAGCUUCCUCCAGGCUUCAUCCCCAACAAGCGAAGACUAAACUGUGACCCCACGUUUGAGCUGGAGGAAAUGAUCCUCGAGUCCAAACCACUUCACAAGAAGAAGAAAAGGCUCGCUAGGAAGACCAGGGAGCAGGGAUCCGAUGGGUCCCCACAGAACGGUCAGUUGCAGCAGCGCUUGGACAACGUCCAGAGAGACUUCAUCGUCUUCAACAGAGAGAAGUCGAGGAAAGCCGCGGUGGAGUCCCAGUGUUCCGAUCUGUCCACCAAUGAGGAGAACAAGGCGAUAGAGGACGGACAGAACAACAACGUGGAGCCGGCCGCCUAUGUAUCAGGAUAGAAGUGCUGAGACCCCCUCCCACCCGCUCGUCACUAGCACCCGCCUGCAGCUUGUAGAUUAGCAAGCAGACACACAUCGCUCCACGUUUCACCUGCACCACUCCCCACAUAUCGUACAAACACACGCCCGUAGAACGGACUCCUGCAGCAGCAGCAGCAGCAGAGCCAGAACCAGAGCCAGAACCAGGUACCAAGAACUGUAAGUCACAUCAGAGCAUGGCUCACAUCCCCCUGGUGCUUUAUGGUCCGGUGCAAAGGAGGCUGCACGGCCGGAGGCCGAGCCUGAGGCCCGGAAGGAGCCCACCUCCCAGAAAAACACUUAACUGGCUCUGUUUCUUUAAAGGUAGGAAUGAAAGCGCUGAGGCGUGGAGCGUUCAUCAUCGCAGCAGAUGCGCGGCUGUAGCGGCCAUUACGCUUCACUACUGGAUCUAAGAGCGGCGGCGCGGUCGCAAAUAGUAAAUCUGCAAAUCGGCAGCGUCCGAUUUGGGUUUGUAGCUGUGAAGCGGUAGCAGAUAGAUGUGAUGUGUUCUGCACUGAACGCUGCUUUGCACAUGCUUCUUCAUCCUCGUAGCAUUUAUGCACUGAGAGAAACUAAAUUUUAGUCUGAGUGACUUUGUGGUUUUGUAGACAAGGUUAGGGAUUAGUGUUAGAUAGGGUUCAUUUUUUGGUUAUUGUCGUCAUUGAAGUUUGUUUGUGCUCCAGAAUUUUAAUGGCCUCCCUCCUUUGUCAGUUACGCAUGUGCCACCAGAUAAGACUCUACAUUUGUACGGCAAUUAGCUGCUCCCAGAGAAAAACACGUCUGCAGAUGGUAUUUGGCCAUAAAACGAAACUCAACACCAGCUGGAAACCAUAGUAACAACAAAUCUUAAAGCCAACUGUGUGUCGUUCAUUAUUGAGAGAAGUAAAAAGGAAACAAGGAGCAAACAAGCACCAGGCAUGUAGAUCUACUAGAGUAAAUAUUCACUGUAGUCGAUCAAACACAGCUGCAUCUGAAACUAGCUCAUACUCUGAGUGUUUCCUGUAAAUCCUAUGUGUAAGUAGCACAAACCUGAGACGUUUUCACCGUAAGUAACUGUCAUUUUGUACUAAUACCUACUCUUCAAUCGGCCUCUGUAAUAUUCACUUGUAAUAUCACUCAAUCCUCAUGUCUAUAAUAAUUGAUGUUCCAUUUAGGAUUGUUUUUGUGCUGGUACAAUUAUCUCACCUUUGUGUUGUUGUUUAGAUUAGAUUCCACUUUACUGUCAUUACACAUCUACAAGUACAGGGCAGCGAAGUGAGGUUUAGCAUCUAACCUGACGUGCAAUAAGCAGGAAAUGCAGAAUAAACAAUGUCUACACUAAGUAGAUAACUCUUAUUGACAGAGAACUACUGUGGAGCCACAGUAGCAUUCAGUGGACGUGCUUCGAGCAGAAUAAUGUGCAGAUUUAUAGAUUGCUUUGUUAGUUGCAAGGCCUUGGCAGGAACAUUGAUCCAAAGAUGAUUUGCGCUGUAGGAUAUAGUUGAUAGAUGAACAGAUGACUGUGAGUGGGGGAAACCCAGAGUUAAAAAUUAUGUCUCAUAAGUCAGCUCCUAUAUUAACACAGGUAUAGCAUUCAUUUUGCUGUCCUUCAGACGUCACUGUGUGUUUGUUGUAUUCAGAUGUGAUGAAGUUGCAGACUAUAAAGGUGUGCCUUAAACUUUUUUUUGAACCA